AUGCCCCCGGUCCGGAUCCUCCAAGCCAACCUCAAUCACUCGGCCAGGGCGCAGGACUUAUUUAUCCACUGCCUGGCCGAGUUAGGUGUGGGGUUGGCGGUCGCCGCGGAGCCAUACCGCGUCGCCGACCGCCCGAACUGGGUGGCCGACGCGUUGGGCUCCGUGGUGAUAGUGGCCAGCGACACCGCGGCCCUCUGCGUGUUCGCCCGCGGCGACGGGUUCGUCGGGGCGGAGUGCGGCGGCCUGGCCCUGAUCGGGGUCUACGCCCCUCCGAGUACCCCCCUCGCGGCGUUCGAGUGGCUGCUGGACGGGAUCCGGGACGCAUUGUCCCGCUCUCCAGUAGCCCGAACGCUCGUGCUGGGCGACUUCAACGCCAAGUCCACGGCGUGGGGUGGCCCGGCAACGGACGCGAGGGGUCGGGCGGUGCUGGAGUGGGCGGCGAACGCGGACCUCCGACUGCUUAACCGGGGGUCCGUGAGCACGUGCGUGCGGUGGCAGGGCGAGUCGAUCGUCGACUUGUCGUGGGCGACGCCUGCCGCCUCGCGUCUCGUGUCGGGAUGGGGGGUAGCGGAGGAGGUGUAG